UGGAAGAAUAUUUCCAAGCUAAUUAGUAGCUAAGAUUUCUUCUUUUACCAAUCUUCUUCCCCGCUUUAGCAGAUCGUAACAGUUCUAGAACUUCGAAUUCCACCCGAUCCAGCGCCGGCUGCCUACGUCGUCGUUUCUCCUCCACAUAAGAUAUUUUGAGGGAGUUUUCCUUUUUUAGGUUUGGGAAUACAUCAGAGUUCUUCAAUAUAGGCAAUGGGAUCAAAUGAAGAGCAUAGUUUGACCAUUGAAGAGAACGAGACCGAGUUGAAGCAAAUUGAUCCAGCUAGAAGCCGAUUUCCUUGCUGCAUUGUGUGGACGCCGCUCCCUCUGCUAUCGUGGUUCUUCCCUUGCAUUGGUCACAUCGGGAUAUGCAGGGACGAUGGAGUCAUCUUGGACUUUGCGGGGCCUAAUUUCGUGUGCGUUGAUAAUUUCGCAUUCGGUGCGCCAACACGGUACCUGCAGCUAAGCAAAGAGCAGUGCUGCACUUUUCUCGACUCCCCGGCACAAGACCCUGAAGGCGAAACAUUACAAGGCGGUGAUGGAAGGGAAAUCGCAACCUGGGAUGACACGUUGCGCAAGAGCACACUAGAGUACCAACACCAGUCAUACAACAUCUUGACUUGCAAUUGCCAUUCCUUUGUAGCCAACUGUUUGAACAGGUUGAAGUUUCAGGCUGGCAAUUGGAAUGUGGUAAGCUUGGCCGUAUUAGUUUUCAUGAAGGGGCGGUUUGUUAGUAGGUUAGCUAUUCUGCAAACAUAUUUACCAUUUGUCAUUGUACUAGGUCUAGGUCUCAUAUUUGGAGGUGAGGUCUUCCUCACUUAUUUGUUCAUCUUCAUCUGUGUUCUAGUCGGGUGGUUUCUUCUUGGUACGUACUGUUUCAAAAAGCUGAUCUACGUGUAGUUUGGUGCCAUUUUACUUUCUUAAUCGUUGUGUAAGUGUUCACUAGAUGUUGAUGCACUUGAGGUUUGAUAGUUCAUGAGAAAGUGUCGAAACCUUUUAUGUAAUUGCCAUUUGGCAGUCUUUGUAUACUUGCAUAUCUAGAGCUAUAGCAAACAGGCUUUGCUGCAGCAAGCUAGUCGAACCGGUGUUUACAAAACGAGGACAGUGUUGAUCUCGAACAGGAAAAGAAGCCAUGGCACAAGAUUGGUUUGUUUCCGAAUGAUCUUGUAAGAAAUAACUCAGAAGAAUAGAGAAGAGAAGACUUAACCUUGCAGAAUUUGAAGUUUUGAGAUGAUGGUGAGCAUGAAAAUGAGAAGUGAGAAAAUUACAGUUAUUGAUGAAAAUGGUGGCAGAUAAUUAUGAGAAGACAUCUGCAUUUACAACUGAUAUUUGUAAAUAAUAAUGUUCGUUUGUUCUUUCUAGUUUUAUUAUUGAUUUUGCAAUUAAAAUUGAA